AUGCAACAUCGGCGCAAAUUCACUCAAACUCAUAGCCCACCCUCUACGAAAACACAAGGUACACUACCCAAUCGUCAAAACGCUCUUCUAAACCAUAGCACAUGUCGACCACAGACACUCAAGAGUCUCCAUCUUUCCGACAAUGGUAUUCGUGCAGAAGACGCUAAACAUAUCGCAGACGCCAUUCGACAAAAUGAAGCACUCAAUACACUCGAUAUUGGCUUCAAUCAAAUUAACCAUGAGGGCGCCAAAUACAUCGCUGACGCUAUGCGUCAUAAUCAGACUCUCAGUACGCUAGAUCUUGCUAUCAAUUCCAUUGGUGCAUCAGGAGUCAAGCACAUCGCUGAUGCUAUUCGAGAAAACAAGACACUAACUAAACUUGGCCUAUAUGCAAAUAAUAUUGGUGAUGAAGGCACCACAAUCCUUGCUGACGCCAUUCGAACAAAUAAGGUACUCACCACUCUUUAUCUCUCUGGAAAUUACAUUUAUGAUGAAGGCGCCACAAAGAUUGCUCGCGCACUUCAAGAAAAUAAGACGCUGACUACACUCGAUCUAUCUUCCAACAGUAUUAGCCAUCAAGGUGCUAAAGCUAUUGCUGACGCCCUUCGAUGCAAUGAGACACUCAAAACACUCGAUCUUUCUCACAAUAAAAUUGGUAGCGAAGGUACUAAACACAUAUGUGGCGCUAUUGGAAAAAAUAAAAUACUCACUACACUAAAUGUCGCUUACAAUGAGAUUGAUGAUCAAGCAGUAAAAACAAUAGCAAAUGCCAUUCGAGAAAAUACUGCACUCACUAAAGUCAAUCUCUCUGAGAAUCCGAUUGGUAACCAAGGUGCCAAAUCGAUUGCUGACGCUAUCCGAGAAAAUAAGACACUCACUACACUGAAACUUUGUUCGAGUAAAAUUAGUGAUGACGGCGCCAAAGACAUCGCUAAUGCAGUUCGAAAAAAUAGGACGCUCACUAGUCUCGAUCUUAGGGAAAACAGGAUUAGUGAUGAAGGUGCCAUAGACAUUGCUGACGCUCUCCGACAAAAUAGGACACUUACUACACUCGAUCUCUCUUACAAUUACAUCAGUCCCGAAGGCGCUCAAGACAUCCGUGAUGCUAUUCGAGAAAAUAAGAACCUCACUACACUGGAUCUCUUCUGCCGUGACACUGGCAAAGCAGCCGUCACAGAGAUCACUGACGCCAUUCGAGAAAAUACGGCUCUCACUACUCUCAAUCUGCAUGGAAAUCGGGUUGGUCCUGAAGGCGCAAAAGAAAUUGCCAAUGCUAUUCGAGAAAAUAAGACACUGACUACACUCGAUCUCUCUUACAAUGCACUUAGUGAUGAAGGUACGAAAAUGAUCGCUGGUGCACUUCGAGAAAAUAAGGCACUCACUAACCUCGAUCUUCAUGGGAAUGGGAUUGGCCCCGAAGGUGCAAAAGAACUCGCUGACGCUAUUCAACAAAAUAAUGUGAAAAUCACGGGCUCGAUACGUUCAGCGUAG